AUGGCCUCAAGUCUCCGAAACCAGGUACUUUUCUUCAUCUACUUCAUAUCUUUUGUCUUUGGUCUCCCUGCCAACCUCCUGGCGCUGCGGGCCUUCGUGGGGCGCGUCCGCAAGCCCAACCCGGCACCCAUCCACAUCCUCCUGCUCAGCCUGACGCUGGCGGACCUCCUGCUGCUGCUGCUGCUGCCCUUCAAGAUGGUUGAGGCGGCGAAUAAUUUCUUCUGGCCCUUGGGGGACAUGCUCUGUGCCCUCACUAGCUAUGGCUUCUACAGCGGCAUCUACUGCAGCACGUGGCUGCUGGUGGGCAUCAGCGUCGAGCGCUACCGCAGUGUGGCUUUCCCCGUGCAGUACAAGCUGUCCCGCCGGCCCGUGUACGGAGUGUUGGCUGCUGUGGCCAUCUGGAUCUUGUCCUUCGGACACUGUAGUGUCGUGAUCAUUGUACAAUACUUACCAACCAACAAGUCGACCAGUGAUGCCCAAAACCUCUCUUUUUGCUAUGACAACUUCACCCCAGAGCAGCUGAAGGUGGUGCUUCCUGUGCGGCUGGAGCUGUUCCUCGUCCUCUUCUUCAUCCCCAUGGUGGUCACCAUCUUCUGCUACUGGCAUUUUGUGCGAAUCAUUCUCUCCCAGACCCAAGUGGGGACCCGGAAGCGCUGGAGAGCCGUGGGGCUGGUGGUUGCGACCCUGUUCAAUUUCCUGGUGUGUUUUGGACCCUACAAUGUGUCUCACGUGGUGGGGUACUUUCAUAACACAAGCGAAAGGUGGCGGGUGUGCACAGUGUUGCUCAGCGCCCUCAAUGCUUGCAUGGACCCUUUGAUUUUCUAUUUCUCCUCCUCAGCUGUGCGCAAAGCCUUUGACAAAAAGCUACAGACGCUGCAGAGCUGGGGUGCCUCACUGUCAGGGUACUGCAAGAGAAGAGCUGCGUAG